ACUGCGCUGCGCUGAGGUGGCUUUCGAGAGGUUGUUUUGCGGCUGCUGACCUGAAGUCCCCCGCGGCAGCUCUCAUCAUGACCAAACUUCUGGAGUGGCUGUUCGGUGUGUCGCUGGUGGGCGCAGUCUGGGCUUUGGUCUCCUUCGACCUGUUGGACCUGAGCCUACCUCAGACCUACAGAGAGGUCGCCUGGCCGAUGCCUCUGUACCUGCUGGUUUCAUUCGGAUGCUACUCCCUGGCCACGGUGGGAUACAGGGUGGCCACCUUCAAUGACUGCGAGGAGGCGGAAAAGGAGCUGCAGGGGCAGAUAAAGGAAGCCAAAGAGGACUUGAGGAGAAGGGGCCUAAAGAUGUAGCACUUGACUAUUUAGAAACUUAUGAGCGACUGAAAGGGAUGCGCGGACUAGUUUUACAAACAACCAAGUGUCCAAUAGUUCUUGUUUAUCUGUGAAAUGUGUUUGAUGAAACUCUUCUCAGAACUGACACCUUUUUUCUUUGGUUUAGUUUCCAGCAGACAUGAUCAGAACAUCAAUCAUAAUGAGCCAUUAUGCAGCCGUGUUUCUUAUCCCGUGUCACCUCUUUCAGAUUAGAUAUCGAUCAAAUGUGCUUCAGGAAAUUAGAAAUGAACGGCCUGAUGGAUGUUCUCUGGGCUACUUAUAAGUGACAACACAGCAAUUUGCGCCAUGAAGAUAAAUGUUUAAUGAAGUGAAAGAUAUUAAACAUCACCAGUUUAUAGCUCAUUUAUUUACUGAUUAAACUCAAACCAGAUUCUGUAAAAAUAAGGUAAACUGUUAACACACAUGAUGAUGUCUUUUGUUGCUAACUGCACACAGUUAAAUACCCCUGAGAGUCACUGGUCUGCUAAAAUAUCGUCUGUAACAAGUUGUCGAUCAAUGAAACGCCAACAAGUGAAACCAAAAGGUCACACUGGAACAAUCUCACUGAAUGCUGUCUGGAGGCUGCUGCUCAUCUGUAUGGACGAGAGUUUAUCUGUAGGAAAGUGUACGUUCCAUUGUCCAAUUUCAUACUUGUGCCCUGCGGCUAUUGCUGGAACUUAAUUAAAUUGGAGUCUAUUUUUCUUCAGUUUUUCUGCCUGCGUG